CCUUGGAAAUAGCCUUUGCAAGCCUUUGGCAUCACCGCUGAAGCUAUCCUUGAGAUUGUAAGCACUUCCAAUAGUUUUGUGAGCUACUAUUAGUAACACAGGACUGGAUGUCUGGAGCUAAGAGAGAUUCUACUGUCUAUAUGACUCAUCAGCUUGCAGCAACACAAAAUGAGUAGGCAGGCCGGGGCAGUCACUUCAACCAGUUUCUUAUAUAAUACUGAGAAGCUACACGCUUAUUUCAGACUUCUCUGAAUAACUAGUAACGAAUAACUUUGUCUGUAAAAUUUAUAUUGAAAACUCAUGUAAAAAAACUUGCCUGACUCAGCAAUAUUUGUGCUCCCGUGAUGUUGUCCAACCUUAAAUGUUUGGGAAUAUCACGUGACCAGUGACUUCCGCUCUAGACAUUGGAGAUGCAAGAACUCUGAAAACCGCUGUAGAUUGAAGAGUUAGUCUUCAAUCUAUGGUUUAUGCUCAGAGGAGGUUGGAAGGAAGUUGAGAUCACGUGCAAAAAUAGCUCUAAAUGUGCUCUAAAUGUGCUGAGUUGGCGCUACUGAAGAAGCUGAAGACACUGUCUGGUUCCUAUGCUUAUAAGCUUCAGAUAUUAAUUGACCAGAUAGCACAAUUAAGAGAAGAAUUAGGCUCGUCUGAGGGCAUUGUCGAUACUAGUCAACUGCACACAGUGAAAGAGUUAGUCAGAAGAACUAAGGAGACAUGUCAGUCCAUCUCCACUGAGCACAAGGACAUCCACGCCUCCAUCUCUAAGUUUGGAAAGGCCAUUGACAAAAGCUUGCAGGCGGACAUAUCUGGUCUGGGUGUGGAGGGGGUGCUGUCUGACAAGAGUCACUCUCGGGAGCUGGAUGCUGCUAUCUGUGAGCACCUGUUCCGACAGGGGAGACUGGACAUUGGGGAGAUGAUUAUCGAGGACAGUGGCAUCAGUGUGGACCCCGUCUACAUGGAGCAAUUCACUGGACUCAACAGAGUGUUAGAGGCCCUCAGGGACAGAAACAUGGAACCAGCACUCGAGUGGGCGUUGAUUCACAAGGACCAGCUCCAACACCACGGCAGCUGUCUCGAGUUCAAGCUCCGCCAGCUUAAAUUCAUUGACCUUUUAACUUCUGGACACUCGGAAGCUCUGGCGUACGCUAAAGUUCUUGGGCAGUUUGUGCCAAGACACACAAAAGAGAUAAAACGGCUGAUGGGAUGCUUCCUGUUUGCCAACAGGGGGCUGGAGAUGAGCCCUUAUUCCGACCUUCUUGACCCCUGGCACUGGACAGAUGUGGCGGACAUAUUUGCCAGGGAUGCCUGCAAGCUGUUAGGUCUCUCUCUGGAGAGCCCUCUCGGUGUAAGCCUCUCUGUGGGGUGCUCCGCCCUGCCUCAGCUGCUGCGACUGCGUAGUGUGAUGGUGCAGCGACAAGUGUCGGACAUGUGGACUAGAGACGAGCUUCCCUGCGAAGUCAGUCUGGGCUGGGAUCGUCGCUAUCAUUCCGUCUUCACUUGCCCCAUCCUAAGACAGCAGACUACAGAUGCUAAUCCUCCGGUACGAUUGGUGUGCGGACAUUCCAUCUCCAAAGAUGCCAUGAAGAAGCUCACUCUAGAAGUUGCAGUGAACUGAAAAGUGAUGUCUUCCAGAGCUCAAAUCAAGUUGGAUUCUGCCAGUAAUGGUGUGGGGAGAGGGAUGGCCAAUAGUCACAGUGCCAGUAGAUCUACAACAACGUCUGGGUCUGGGACAGAGUAUCAUUGGCUCAAGAUGCUC